AUGGACCAGACAAAACAGGACGAGGAUUAUGGCUACGAUGUAUUUCCCGGGAGAAACAAUACAAAGUACAAGAAGGGAUCAAUCGUAGAGACUCUCUUUACAUUCAACCACAAGUGUCAGGUCAUGUUGCAAUUCGCAGUAGAUACAAGCCCCUAUGCCAAACUCCUUCUCAGUGCAAUGAAAAAUUCUGGAUGCCAAGUAUUUAAAGACAGACAUUUUGCCUGUGAAGACUGUGAUGGCUCAGUCAGUGGUGGAUUUGAUGCAGCCUCUUCACAAAUCGUUUUGUGUCAAAACAACAUCCACCAGCAGUCUCAUAUGAACAGGGUUGUCACACAUGAGCUCAUUCAUGCCUUCGACCACUGCCGAGCUAAUGUGGACUGGUUUAAUAACUACAGACAUCUGGCGUGUUCUGAGAUUCGGGCUGCGAACCUUAGUGGAGACUGUGCAUUUAACAGCGAAAUCUCAAGAUUCCACUUUGGCCUAAAAAAACACCAUCAGGAAUGUGUCCGAGGCCGUGCCCUCCGCUCCAUCCUGGCCGUGAGGAAGAUAAGCAGAGAAGCAGCAGAGAAAAUAGUUGAUGAAGUGUUCGACUCUUGUUUUAAUGACCAUGCUCCGUUUGGACGCAUCCCCCACAGCAAGAAGGACGCCAAAGUGGACAGCAUUCCUCAGGGACAGGCUGUUGCUGCAGUGAUGAGGCCGCAGGGUGGGCUUCUGUCCCGGGUGAGCCCCCUCACUUUGACCUGUCCCAUCCCCGGAGUGGUUAGGCCCGAUAAGUGUCCUCCAGCGGCACAGAUUUGUCACAGAUGGAUGCUUGAGCUGAACAUCCAUAACUGCAGGGAGCACCACGCUCACCCGGGACACAGGACUGAGCUCUCUCACAUCUGA